AUGUUAAAUCUAGUUUUAGGUUAUAACAAAAUAUUAAAAUAGAAGCUAUGCUAUGUAGGAUACUUUUUUUUUUUUAAAGAAAGGACUCGCCCUGAGAUAGCAGCCACAGGACACCUAAAUCUUUCAGAGAAAGAGAAUUUAUUGCUCCAUUAUCAGGAGAACCUAACUUCUUCCUGCCUUGCUCAGGCUUGAAGGUGCCGUUUAGGAUUCAGAGGAAAACGAGUUCCAUGCCAGGGAUGGAUUUCACAGAAGCCUAUUCAGACAGGUGCUCGGCUGUGGGCCUUGCAGCCAGAGAAGGAAACGUUGAGAUUCUGAGGGAAUUGAUAAAUCGGGGAUACAGCGUCGACGUCCCGGAUAACAGGAGGUGGCUGCCCAUCCACGAAGCGGCAGCGCACAAUUCCAGUGAGUGCCUGAAGCUCCUCAUUGAUAGAGCUCCAGCUGAUGACUACAUCCACUCGAGGACGUUUGAAGGGAUGUGUGCUCUGCACCUCUCGGCCCGUCACGGCUCUGUGGAGUGUCUCCGGAUUCUCCUGGAAGCUGGGGCUGACCUGGACAAUGUCACCACCGAAUCUGCCACCACCCCACUCUUUCUAGCUGUUGAAAAUAAACAUACAGAGGUUGUCAAGUUCCUUCUCCAACAUGGAGCAAAUAUUGAAGGGUCUCAUUCUUGGUCUGGAUGGAAUUCUUUACACCAAGCUUCCUUUCAGGGUUCCACUGAGAUAAUGGAAAUGCUCCUGGAGAAAGGGGCCAGCACGGACUGUCGUGAUGACUUUGGAAUCACCCCUCUGUUUGUGGCUGCUCAGUAUGGCCAGCUGGAGAGUCUGCGCCUGCUGCUGUCCCACGGUGCGGACGUCAACUGCCAGGCCAAGGACAGGGCCACUCCCCUGCUGAUUGCUGCCCAGGAGGGACACCUGGACUGUGUGAAGCUGCUGCUGGCUGCAGGGGCAGACCCAAACCUCUACUGCAACAAUGAUAACUGGCAGCUACCCAUCCAUGCAGCAGCUGAGAUGGGCCAUGCAAAGAUACUGGAGCUGCUGAUUCCAGUCACUGACCGUGUGUGUGACAAGGGCGAGGGCAAAGUGAGCCCAGUGUACUCGGCGCUGUACGGCGGGGACGGCGAGUGCCUGGAGAUGCUGCUCAGGCAGGGCUUCAGCCCAGAUGCUCAGGAGUGCCCAGACUUUGGCUGCAGGUCCCCCAUGUGCAUGGUCUUCCAAAAGCAGUAUUAUCUGUUUGUUGAUGUCCUGCUGAAAUAUGGCAUCACCCUGCGUGGCAUCAACUUGGCUCACUGCCUGUGCCAUAAGAAAUUUAAUCUGUUCCGGCGCUUCCUGAGGUCUGGCUGUUCCCUGCCCUCAGAGGAGGAGUUAACAGACUUCGUCUUCUACAGCAGCAUGGUGCAGAAGGAAUACAAGGAAUGGCUGCCCUGCCUGCUCCUGGCUGGCUUCAACCCCGUGAAUUUCAUGUGCAGGAUUUUCUCCAUGAGUGAGGAUGUCCUUAAUUUUGUCCUGGAGUUCACGAAUUGGAGCACACUUCCUCCAGUUGUGGAGCAACACCUUUCCCAAUACAAGGAGAAGUUCACUUGGACUUCCAAGAGCCAUUUUGCCUUCCUUCCUCCCCUGUCCCACCUGUGCCGCCUGGAGAUCCGGUCCCUGCUGGGCAGCGAGCGCCUGCGCUCGGAGCGCGUGAUCCGGGAGCUGCCGCUGCCAGCCUGCCUCCAGGACUACCUGCUCUACCUGGAUGUGCUGCGAGCCCACAGCGUCCCAGAGCUGCAGGACUGCCUGGAGCAGGGGCAGGAGGGAGCUCCUUGCAGUCACUCCCAGGCAAAGGACACGGAGGAGGGACAGCAGUAACACCAGUGCUCCGUGACGGUGGUGCCGGUGCCUGGACUCCACAGCCACAGGUUUUGUAAUGGGAAUCAGGAGACACGGGAGGAGAGCUGCUGUAAAUGUCUCCUCUCCUCCCGUGUAAUCAUUCUUUUCACACUGUAGUUUUGUACUACAUCUAGAAAUUUCCUAUGGGUUCUAUGAUUUGCUUGUUUACAAUCUGUUGUAGCUUUGUAAGUGAACAUUUUCUGUUUCUUUUCUAACUCUUGGGAAGUAAAAUGAGCUUUUUCAGUGAACACAGCUUACAGAGUAGUCAAAAUCUGCCCAUUGACACUUUAUUCCAAAUACAGCAUUUACCAAAUGAAACCAUCUGAAAGUCAAGGAACACAAUCUUGUAUCAUUGUUAUGAACUUGUGUUGGGGAGGGAUGGAGCUGAACCGGAGAAAGGCAAAUUACAUAAGAAAGGAGGUUGUUUGCUGAA